GCCACGCCAUUUAUGUUUUUUCUCUCCAUAUAUUAUAAUUCUUCGUUGCUCCAAAAAUAUUCAAACGGUAACUUCACAGAGCAAAAAAAAAAAACCAAACAUGGCAGAUCUCCCACCUGGUUUUCGAUUCUACCCGACAGAGGAAGAGCUUGUUGCCUUCUAUCUGCACAACCAGCUCGAGGGACAAAGACAAGACACCAGCAGGGUUAUUCCAGUCAUUGACAUCAAUGGCGUAGAGCCUUGGAAUCUCCCAUCACUUGCAGGGGAGCGUUGUCGUGGAGACACGGAGCAAUGGUUCUUCUUUUCGCCCAGACAAGAGAGAGAGACGAGAGGAGGUAGACCCAACAGAACCACCGCAAGUGGGUACUGGAAAGCCACCGGUUCUCCUUGCCACGUUUACUCUUCCGACAACAAAGUCAUUGGGAUGAAGAAAACCAUGGUGUUUUACGAAGGGAAGGCUCCAUCUGGAAGGAAAACCAAAUGGAAGAUGCAUGAGUACAAAGCCAUUCAACACUCUCACCAAUCCAACACAACCCCUCCCAAGUUUUUGUUUUGGCAGUUGAGGCACGAAUUCAGCUUGUGUCGUGUUUAUGUUAUAUCGGGAAGCUUUAGAUCGUUUGAUCGACGACCACUGGAGGUUGCAAGAGCUGAGUUACGAGUUGAUGGGGAUAGAGGUGCUGCUUCAACCAGUGCUCAAGAGAGAGCACCAUUGGUGGAUGGAUCAAGCUCUUCUGAUACUUCUCACUCUGGUGAUGCUCAUAUCCAUGAAGCUGAAGCUGGAGCAGGGUCAAGUGGAACACAUUGGAAUACAAGUAAUAGAGUUGAGGAACCACUUUGGGAAUGGGAACACUUAAUUCAGUAGCAUAUGUUUAGAUUAAGUUGCUAAGGAUGAGAAAUUAAUCAUCUAAAUUUAGAUGCAGUUGGGUUAAUUAAACUUCCUUCAUCUCAAGGAACGUGUAUUAUAGGAUAGGUGCAGGUUAGACUUGUUUGGAAGAUUUUUUUUUUUUUUUUGGUUAAAAAUAUAGAAUUUAUCGUAGGGAAGUGUCUAAAAAAAAUUUAUGUGUAAAAUUAAUGUUACUAUUUGUUAUUGAUUUGUCCAGGGAAUAAGAUCCCAACAUAUAUAAAAAAGGGAAAGUGACGGAUAUGUCCUUUUGUUU